AUGGCAGGCGUCAAACGUGAACAAGGUCCCAAGCCGGGCUGGCCACCUCCCACCAGUGUUGGGAACAUGGGGAGGUCUCCCAUUUAUUCAGUGUGGGUUUUUUUCUUGGUUAGGUGUCUCCUUUUCCCCGCGUCUCCAGCAAAACCUGGGAACCGGGAAGCAAGCAUCCUUGUAGAGCUCGGGAGUGUUCUGGUCCUGAGUGAGGGCACUGCCUCCGGUGCCAGGUGCACUGGUGCCGUGUGGACGGUGGCAGAACAGUAUUACCCCUCUGGGAACACGGCCCACAGUCCGUCGUCCGUCCCCCGCCCACCCGCCCCAGGAGAGUCUCCCUGGGCUUCAGGAUGUACCCCAGAAGCCAGCCUUGCGUCCGGUCACCUGCCUGGGGAAGCGGUGUGUUGUGUGUGGCCCCUGCGACACCACCAGCAGUCCGGGGCCCAGCUGCCCCCCUCCACACUCCCCAAAGAGGAGCUGCACCUGGCUCAACAUAGCACAACCCCUUAG